GAAAACAAGCUGAUCCGAAUGGUUGUAAUCUCUACGAAGACGACAGGAUCAGGUACUAAUGUUAGAUUGGGCUGGGGGUUCUAUCCCAUCUCGUUUGUUUUGCUUUUGCUCAUUAAACUUGUCUAACAGUGUAUUAGACUUGUACGAUCUGUUGGGUUUGUCCAGAACAAAUUUCUGCAAACAUGCAAAACAAGAGGGGCGCCUGCCCGGUCAGGCUAUCUGGCCACAUCUCACAUUUUCUUCUUCGUUCAACCUCUCAGCUUACACAGGGAGUGACCGCUAUUUAUGAGCGAAGCGUGUAGAGACGGCAUCGAGCUUCGGUGCAAGGACGAUGGCUACUAACUCAUAUUGCAACGGCAACGACUUCCAAACCUUCUAUGGCCUAAAACCUCGGACCAGGGUUCGCAAUAUGCCACCACCCCCGCGUAUUUCGGUUGCACACCUGCCUCGAGAUACAGCCUCAGUCCUUCACAGGGCCACUACACCCAGAACGACCUCGGAGAAUUGCCCCAAAAUCACGCGGAAAAGCCCCGACUACUCCAGCUCUCCGAGUGGGGCGAUGAAAUGUCAAAUGACGAGCUCCCAGCAAGCUACAUCCGGUAUAUGAUAGAGUGGAAGUUCACGGUGAACAAACGGGUCAUAUCGCGGGGCACGAAAGAGGACGUAUCCCUGACUCCAAGUGCGUUCUGGCCACUGACUCUUGGGCGUAAGCUGGAGAAGUUAUUAGAAGGGAAGACCGCCCGUAAAGGAAGGGUAAGACCGGAUGACACCUCGAACGUGGUGUCGGUAAAUGAUCGCUCCCAACGCGACCUGACGAAGAGAUACGAUAAUCUCGACAUCGGUUGGACAACCGUGGAAAACCAACUGCUUCGGUGGGGUGAAGUGUUUAGUCGAGGCAAAAAUCUCAGGCUAAGCUUUACCUUCAACUAUAUUGAGGACGACCGUUUCUCCAGGACCACCUCAGGGAGAGUCGAGAAAAGAGGCAAGACAUCAGUCACGAAAAGGAUGCUCAACGAACGAGAUGCACAACUCGAUGCAGAGGAAAACGUGACUGGGCAGCAGUCGAUUUGGCGAGGGGUCUACAACUUGAUGCGUUGCCCUUCGCCAUCAUGUCAUCUUGGCCCACACUGCUGGCAAGAUCUACGCGGGAAAAAGCACUAUGCACUAAGGAGCCAUCAUCUAAAACGCCUUAUAGCCUUUGUGGAGAAGGGUGGCGCCUUGGGGUCUCAUGAUAACGUCCCUGAUUCCUUCUGUGAAGAACUAUAUAUGGAAGAGCAACAACGACUCGAAAGCCAGCAUACCAAGAACAACAUUAAUGCGUCACAACCUUGUCUCCAACCACAAGCGGAUAAGCCACCUAUAGUGCCGGAAACGCUUCCGCAAGCAAAUGGCCAAACACUGGAUUGCCUCGAUACACUAAGUUGCGAAAACAGUGUCCGGUUGUUGUACACUCUUGUUUUAAUAUUCUAGUCUAUAAUUGGAUGGAAUUAUCCUUAGUCAUUGAUAAUAAGUGAUCUGAUUGGUGUAAAUUAAUAUACUUAACCAUAUAUGGUUUGGUGGACCCACAGAAUUAGAAAAAGAGUGUGCAACACCCGGACACCGUUUUUGCAACUUAGUGUAUCGCUGGACCACGAGACGUGGCUGUCAGAGAACACAGCUUGUGGCAUGAAGCGAAUGUCAGUGACAAAUUGAAGCUCAAUUUCGGCAAGCAUGCGAGGUGGCAUUGGCAUAUGGCCUUGAUCUUGAGCUGAUCCACGAGGACCAAGAUCCGUCGUUCUUCGCCGACAAAGGAAUUAUGGUAGGUAUUGCACUCCGAUUCGUAAAAGACAUUGGUAGAUGGGCUAGACAUGUGAGGAAUGUUUUGCCAGUGGAAGAGAUUGCGCAGACCGCAAACUGAAUGCUUGAAAGGGCGUUAUUCUAGACACAGUUAGUAUUAUAGACUGAAUCGUUUCUGACGUGGUACGAAGUAUCUCCAACGUAUGUAUAUAUAAUCCAGGUGUCAUUAAAUCAAGUGGGCGUAGCCGUACACAGUAUAGCGAUCCGCAGGCAGAACAACACGCUGUUCUGCCAAGGUCUGGGAGGGGCUUGCAAUACAGGCCAUUCUGGGCCAAUUGGACGGGGGUG